UAUCGCGGCAAAGAGCUCGUAGUUUUGGUUCGGUAAAAAUUUUAGAAAAAUGGAGGCAGAAUUAAGUUGCCCUGUUUGUAACAAGCCAUUUGUCAACCCUAUAAUCUUGCCAUGUUCUCACAACAUUUGCUUGGGUUGUUCGCAGUCAGCGUUGACAACUGCCGGUGGAGACAAAUCUGCGACUGAUCGAAAUGGAACACAGGUUGACACUGAGGAAACACCGUACAUCACUUUUUACGACAUGAAUCACUUGUAUCAGAGCAUAGGAAAUCUACCGUGUUUGAAGUGUCCAACAUGCAGCAAACUAUUUCCCAUCGACGGCCAAGGGAUCAGUGGAUUUCCCCGCAACCGCCUGUUGGAAAAUAUUGUUAAUCGGUAUUAUGCUAAAUCGAAUGGAAUUGUUUAUUGUCAACUUUGCGAGGAAACCCAACCUUGUCAAGCAACGGUUAUGUGCGAGCAAUGUGAAGUUGCUUAUUGCGAUCGAUGCUGUAAAACUUGUCAUCCUAGCCGCGGUCCUCUAGCGAAGCACUCUUUGAUUCCUCCCACAAGUUCGAAGUCGCCUAACAAACCGACUGUAGUCAAGUGCGGUAGCCACAGCGAAGAAAACAUCAGCAUGUACUGCGUAUUCUGCCGAGUUCCUGUUUGUUAUGUGUGUUUAGAGCGAGGACAGCACAGUGGGCACGAAGUGAAAGCUUUAGGAGCGAUGUUUAAAGAGCAAAAGGCUGAACUUUUAGCCAGUAUGAAGUUACUGGAUGGAAAAAAUAACGAUUUGAAAAACUUUAUUCAGCUUCUUAAUGGAAACUGCUCGAUAAUCCAGGAAAAUGGUUUAGAAUUUGAAGCUAGUGUGGUAGCUCAAUGUGAUUCGUUGAUAAAUUUCAUACAGCACCGUAAAGUGGAGCUAAUUGAAGCCAUCACAGCAGAGAUGAACUCCAAGACACAGAAGAUCAAAGAGCAAAUCAAAGCUUGUGAAGAAAAGGGUAAAAAAGUAGCAGGGGUGCUCCAAUAUGCUCAUGAAUGUUUACAAGGAACUGAUGCAGCCUCUUUUUUGUUGGUUGCUAACUCUCUCAAUGGAAGAAUUUUGAAUGUUGUUAAUCACUGGUCGAAAGAAGUAAAACUUGAACCAACUACUGGUGUGGAACUGGAAUUGACUUUGGACACAUCAGGAGCAAUACAAGCCCUCCAUGAUUUGCACUUCAUAGAACUCAAAGCUCCAAUAGCCCCAGAAAUAGUCCCAGAUGAAUGCACUGUCACAAACAAUGCUAUCACCUUAUCAUGGAGACCUCGAAUCAAACAGAGCUGUGUUGAUGGCUAUGUGGUUGAGAUUGAUGAUGGUACUUCAAGUGGUAAAGAGGACAAUUUUCAGGAGGUGUAUCGUGGGAGUUGUCUGGAGUGCACUGUAUCUGGCCUGCAAUUUAACUCUACAUACAGAGCAAGAGUCAAAGGUUUCAACAAGGCCGGGGAGGGUGCUCCAAGCGAUGAGGUGUAUCUGACGACAUCUGAUGUUGCCUGGUUCUCUCUGGAUCCUGCUACUGCCCAUCCAGACAUAGUUCUUACAAAUGACAACUCAACAACAACAUGCACUAGCUUUGAUGACAGAGUUGUGCUGGGUAACAUUGGUUUUUCCAGGGGCUGUCAUUACUGGGAGGUGACCAUUGAUCGCUAUGAUGGAAACCCUGAUCCAGCAGUUGGUGUUGCCUUAGCAAGCACCAUCAAGGAUUCCAUUCUGGGAAAAGAUGACAAAGCAUGGUGCAUGUACAUUGAUAGCAGUCGGAGCUGGUUUCGUCACAACAAUGAGCACUCCAAUCGACGUGAUGGUGGGGUAGAUGUUGGUUCAGUAAUCGGAGUGUUACUGGACAUACCAAAUCACAAAGUGACAUACUAUUUAAAUGACCAGAAGAGAGGUCUCAUGCGACUGCCUGAUACUUCCGAGGCAUUUUAUGCCGCAUUCAGUUUGAGUCGUAAUGUACAAAUCACAUUGCAUACUGGGCUUGAGCCUCCAGAAGAGGCAUAGUUUAUUAAUAACAACAAGUAG